UAGUUGCUAGUACUCAGGAGUCAAGACCAACCCAAAUCCCAGAACUCGAAGGGUCUAUCCUGCCGACCUUCAUCGCUGCACCAUGACUCGCCUCGGCAACUUCAGGGCCUACUACCUCGUGGCCCUGAGCUGCGUCGGCUCGUUUCUCUUCGCCUACGACACCGGCAUUGUCGGCGGCGUCCUCACGCUCGAGUCCUUCCAGAAGGACAUGAACUUCACGGCUGCCGAUAAAGCCAAUGUUAGCUCUCUCUCCGCAAGUCUGUUGCAGGCUGGAGCCUUCUUCUCCUGCUUCUGCGCCUGGCCUUUCACUUCCCGCUUUGGCCGCCGAUGGUCGCUUAUUCUCGCUUCCUGCAUCUUCAACGUCGGUGCCAUUCUACAAAUCAUCACAGUUGGCGGAGUCGGGGCGUGGUAUGCGGGGCGCACCAUCUCGGGCGUGGGUGUCGGCAUUGCUACUGUCGUUAUCCCCAUGUAUAGCGCCGAGAUGGCACCGAAGCAGAUCCGCGGUCAACUCGGCAGCAUGUUCCAGUUCUUCUUCACCAUGGGAGUCAUGACUUCUUACUGGGUCGACUACGCCGUCGCGAAACACAUGGAGCCCUCGACCGUACAAUGGCGCAUCCCCGUGGCCCUGCAGCUCGUUCCGGGCGGUUUCCUCGGUCUGGGAAUGCUGCUGACGAAAGAGAGCGUCAGGUGGCUAGCGAAGAAGGGUGAUAUUCAGGGCGCCAUGGCAUCCCUAACAUGGGUGCGAGGCAAUGAGGACGCCUCCGUUGUGCAAGCAGAGAUGGACGAGAUCCUCGAGGGUAUCAGAGAGGAAGAACGAGUUACGGAGGGCCUCACCUGGAGAGAGUUCCUCCUGCCGUCCAACCGGUGGCGCAUGAUGAUUGCUGUCACGCUGCAGAUCGGCGUCCAACUUACCGGCAACACGUCUCUAGCAUACUUCUCGCCCCAGAUCUUCAACGCAGUUGGAGCAGGAGAGAAUUCCCUCCUGAUCAGCGGCUUCUUCGGCGUCGCCAAAGUCGUCUCAUGCCUGUUCUUCCUGGUCUUCCUUGUCGAGAGGAUCGGCCGACGAGGCUCCCUGCUUGGGGGCUCGUUUAUGAUGGGGGUCUUCAUGAUCAUCGUCGCCGUUCUCACCGCCGUCUUCCCUCCGAAUAAGAAUGCUGGAAUGACGUCGACUUCGCUCGCCUCCCUCAUUAUGAUAUAUCUCGAAGCAAUGACCUACAACCUCUCUUGGGGUCCUGUGCCAUGGCUUUACAUGAGCGAGAUCUUUCCGACCCGAAUCCGUGAGGGAGGAAUCGCUGUCGGCACGGCCACGCAAUGGCUGUUCAACUUCACCUUCUCCCAGAUUACACCCCACGCCGUCAACAACCUGGGCUGGAAGACAUUCUUGAUGUUUGCCAUCUUCAACUGGGCUCUCGUCGCUUACACAUGGGUUUUCAUCAAAGAGACGAAGGGUAGAUCGCUCGAGGAGAUGGACAUUGUGUUCCGAAAGGGGAAUAGGGAGCGUGGACAUGAAUCCGAUACCGACAAGUCUGAAGAGGGCCCCAUUGAGAACAAAGCAUAGGACAGUCAUAGGAACGCCGAGUCCAAGCUUGCUUUCCACUAGGCACGAUCAAAUGAGAUAAUCCAUAGAUUGCAGUGCACAGGGAGCUCACGUAUCUG